AACCAACAAAUAUGUCCUCCUCAGCAAACACCGCGAAAAAACGCUUGACAAAGCCCGCCCCUGCGCCCGCGAAACAAAAACAAAAGCAGCAAAAAGCGAAACCACGGUCGACACAGAAAGUCACCGCUUCCGACAUCGAUGAAGAUUCCACGUCGGCGGGGUCUUCCGAGUCUGCAUCUGCAUUCGAUUCCGCAUCUGAUUCCGCAUCUGAUUCCACAUCCGAUUCCACAUCCGAUUCUGACGAAGAAGAGGAAGAAGAAACGUCCGCGUCAGUGGAAUCCGACGAAGAAUACUGCCCCCCGACAAACUUCCUUCGUCUUCCGCCGCCCUCGCCGUCCGGCCGAAACCCGUUCUCGUCUAAGAACCUCGCCGGCAAGGAGCUAUGGUUGAUAUCGGCACCAGCGUCGGCGCCGUUGUCGAAAUUGGGGAGUGUCAAUGCUGCCGACGUACUGGAGAAUGCGCGGGUGCUUGGAACUAGUAGUGGGCGGAUGUUCUCGGUCCGCGAGACGGAUGAGGGUGCGGGCGUCCAGGUUUUGGUGCCGGAUGGGAGGGGGGGGUAUUUGUUUGGUGAGUCUCUCUCUCUACCGCUGCGGUUGCUCCCAUCUGGGGGGAGGAAUGGAGGCGCUGAUCUGAGGGGGAGUUUGAAGGAGGGAAGGGGAUUACGAAAUCCAUACAGUUCUUCGAGACGUUGCCGGAUAGGGAAGCCCUCGAGAAGAGGAGGGAGAGGGUUGUUGCGAAGAGUGUCAGGGCCCAGCCCGAUGGGUUGAAGAUGAGGUUCAAGCCGAUGGGGUAUGUCGGUGAUCAGGAUGAGGAUGGAAUGCCAGAUGCUGUGGAGCCAGAGGCUUUAGAACCUGUCAGGAAGAAGAAGCGGAGGGAGAGUAGGGAGGGGGAAGGGUCAGUUGGGGUGAAGGGUGAGAAGGAGGAGCAUAGGGAGAGGAAACAUAAGAGCAAGAAGAACAGGAAGGAGAUCCUUUCUUGAACUUGUUUUUUUCUUCUUCCGUUCCACACAUGGGAGUAAUCUGUUACAUUGGGGACUGUACCAUAUAUCGUACUACUUUGGGGGGGCAUUCAAAAGUCUUUUGCGAUUUUUUUUUUCUUUCUCAUGUGGUGUAAUUGGGAAAGGGGGGGUCUUUGACAUUUUUUCCUUUUUUAGAAUUUAGACUAUGCUCCUACUUGCGCCUGGGCAUCCUGUUGCAGUUGAGUUUGAACCUGGAUGAUUUCCAUCUUUUUUCGCUCCUGCUUCUCUUGAAUGUCGGAGAUUUGCUUUUCGAUGCGUGCGCUGUUUGGGCCGAUCAGUCUAGUUCUGGGCUCAAGAAAGCAGGUGUAGCGGAAGGACACACAUCUCUGAGUUGAUGAAUUCCAAUCUCUUAUCCAC